AUGGUACAACUAGUGGGGUCACUCCGAAAAGAGCUCGCUGACUCCUUAUCCGCUUGCCGGGUGCUGGUGGUCGGAGCUGGAGGAAUUGGUUGCGAGCUCUUGAAAAAUCUUGUACUCACCGGCUUCAAAAAUAUAGAAGUGGUAAGUCGUGCAGGGGGCGGACAUUUGUUGGGUCUUUGUGCCGUUACAGGCUGAUGUGUGAAGGGCCUAGCGUGCUAGCAUAGAAUGUAGCUAGCAUGCUAGCUAGUCUGAAAAUAAUAGUGUAUAUAUUGGAAAAUGUUCACAUGGACCUGGCUAUAUGUAAGUGGUGGAGUUAGCAAUGUAGCUAUAUAGCUAGCUAGCUAAAUGCAUUAUAAUAAAAACACAACAUUUAGGUCACUUCGUCCAUAAUUUCAAUUGCGCGCCAUGUUGUUCUGACUUCUUUGUGGUCGGCUAACAUUAGCUAGACAAUGCUAAGCAGUCCAUAGCGGUAUGCUUGAAGGCUAGUUAGUUAGCUGCUAGCAAUGCUGAUUUGUGAUAAGCAAUGUAAACUACAUGCAGCUAGCUAGAUAUCUAAUAACGUACGGUAGGUAGGUAGCUAACAGUAUACACUUGUCUUUGUAGCAAAGUCUUUCAUACAACGUUCACACUUUUAGUGAACCUGUCCUGAUCUUAUAAAUAGCAUUUUUUGUAUCAGUAAUAGUGUUUUGUUAACUUCGAUUUGCUUUGUCUCUUAUAGAUUGAUCUGGACACUAUUGAUGUGAGCAACCUGAACAGACAGUUCCUGUUCCAGAAGAAACAUGUGGGGAAGUCCAAGGCGCAGGCAGGGGACAGAUGCUUUGUUGUUCUUUCACAAACAUGAGAUCACUUGGUCCUUGCAUUCUAACAUACACUGAGCUUACAAAACAUUAGGAACACCUUCCUACAUUUUACAUUUUAGUCAUUUAGCAGACGCUCUUAUCCAGAGCGACUUACAGUUAGUGAAUACAUAUUUUUUUAUACUGGCCCCCCGUGGGAAUCGAACCCACAACCCUGGCGUUGCAAACGCCAUGCUCUAUCAACUGAGCUACAUCCCUGCCGGCAAUUCCCUCCCCUACCCUGGACGACGCUGGGCCAAUUGUGUGCCGCCCAUGAGUCUCCCGGUCGCGGCCGGCUGCGACAGAGCCUGGAUUCGAACCAGGAUCUCUAGUGGCACAGUUAGCACUGCGAUGCAGUGCCUUAGACCACUGCGCCACUCAGGAGUACACUAAUAUUGAGUUGCACACCCUUUUUCCCAGAGAACAGCCUCAAUUCGUCAGGGCAUAGACUCUGCGAGGUGUCGAAAGCGUUCCACAGGGAUGCAGGCCCUUGUUGACUCCAAUGCUUCCCACAGUUGUCAAGUUGGCUGGAUGUCCUUUGGGUGGUGGACCAUUCUUGAUACACACGGGAAACUGUUGAGCGUGAAAACCCCAGAAGCGUUGCAGUUCUUGACACUCAAACCGGUGCACCUACAACCAUACCCAGUUCAAAGGCACUUAAAUAUUUUGUCUUGCCCAUUCACUCUCUGAAUGGCACACAUAAACAAUUCAUGUCUCAAGACUUACAAAUCCUUCAGUCACCUGUCUCCUCCUCUUCAUCUACACUGAAUGAAGUGGAUUUAACAAGUGACAUCAAUAAGGGAUCAUAGCUUUCACCUGGAUUCACCUGGUCAGUCUAUGUAAUGGAAAGAGCAGGUGUUCUUAAUGUUUGUACACUCAGUGUAUGCUGUAUACAAUCUAAAUACUAUUUGUGAAUUUACGGCUGGCUGUCUUGCAGGUGGCCAAAGAGAGUGUGCUGCAAUUCUGUCCCACUGCCAACAUUACAGCCUACCAUGACAGCAUCAUGAAGUAAGUCAACUAGUGUUGUGAGUUGCCGGUGUGAGAACUUAAUGUCCUUGAUCCUGUUUAAUGUUUGGUUUGUUUGUGCAUCACAGCCCAGAUUACAAUGUGGAAUUCUUCAGGAACUUCAUGCUUGUCAUGAAUGCUUUGGACAAUCGAGGUAUAGUGAUAUCUACUUCCCUCUAAUUACACCCUAUUUCCCGACCCCUAGUCUGUCCUAGUCUGUCCGUACAGUACGUUUGGUAUCUUUCCCCCGUUAUGGUCCUGGUCUUACCGCCAGCUGAAUAUUUUCUUCCUUGCAGCGGCUCGUAACCAUGUGAACAGGAUGUGUCUUGCAGCUGACAUUCCCCUUAUUGAGAGUGGCACAGCUGGCUACCUUGGGCAGGUGACUGUUAUUAAGAAGGUAAGACAUGGAUGAAAAUAACCUGUGGAUGGCGAUUAGAUGCAUGGUCAUGUUCAGCGCAAAUAAAAUACAGUGAAUAAUAACCUCCCUCUCCUUGCUUUCCCACACUAUAGGGUCUUACUGAGUGCUAUGAGUGCCAGCCCAAACCCACACAGAAAACCUUCCCUGGUUGUACCAUUCGCAACACCCCCUCUGAGCCUAUACACUGUAUUGUGUGGGCCAAGUACCUCUUCAAGUAAGUCUUGUUAAAGUGCUUUUAUGUAUCUCACUAGUUGUAAACCAAUGUGGAAUAGGUCAUGAUUAUUAUCUUCAUCCUUAGGUGAAUGGUGGUAUUGCUUGCAGAGAUAUGUUAUAUUGCUGGGAGGUUGAGAUUAAGCCCAUGAUAAUGACAAUCCAGUUUUAUUUUCAUCUCCACCUCAGCCAGCUCUUUGGAGAGGAGGAUGCAGAUCAGGAGGUGUCCCCUGACACAGCUGACCCAGAGCUUUCAUGUGAGUAAAUACAAUUUUAUUUGCCGAAUACAACCGGUAUAGACCUUACCGUGAAAUGCUUAGUUACAAGCCCUUAACCUACAAUGCAGUUCAAGAAAUAGAGUUAAGAAAAUAUUUACUAAAUAACCAAAGUUAAAAUAAAAAAUAAAAUAACAACAACGAGGCUAUAUACAGGGGGUACUGGUACCGAGUCAAUGUGCGGGGUACAGGUUAGUCGAGUAGGUAGGGGUAAAGUGGCUAUGCAUAGAGUAGAGCGCAACACUUGAGAAUUCUAUAACUGCCACCUCCCUGCCCUCCAUGGACCAGAGGAGUGAGAUGCACUGUGUCGUAUGCAGUAAAAGGCUGCUGUGUACGCUGGGUUUCAUUGAGGUCUCUUGUCUCCUAUUCUCAGGGAACCCUGCAGACACUGAAGCCCGAGCCACAGCAUCUGAUCAGGAUGGAGACAUCAAGCGGGUGUCAACCAAGGACUGGGCACGAUCCACAGGCUACGACGCAGUCAAACUCUUCAACAAGGUAGGCUUUAGUGUGAACAAGCAUUUACUAAAGGACUGCUUAAGUGAAAGUGUCUUGUUGUCAACAAGCUUAUUAGCCCCUCGACUUUGGCUAAUAGCCUUUUUAUUUGUGUGGUCCUCCAGCUUUUCAAAGAUGACAUCCAGUACCUCCUGACCAUGGACAAGCUGUGGAAGAAGAGGAAAGCGCCACUGCCUCUGGAUUGGCUUGAGAUUCAGAAACUUGGUAAGAUAUUAGCAUCUUACACUGAACAAAAAUAUAAAUGCAACAUGUAAUAUGUUGGUCCCAUGUUUCAUGAGCAGAAAUAAAAUAUUAAAAAAGCUUUUUCCUCUCAAAUUUUGUGCACACUUAUUUUUUUUUUUUACAUCCCUGUUAGUGAGAAUUUCUCCUUUGCCAAGAUAAUCCAACCACCUGACAGGUGUGGCAUAUCAAGAAGCUGAUUAAACAGCAUGAUCAUUAUACAGGUGCACCUUGUGCUGGGGACAAUAAAAGACCACUCUAAAAUGUGCAGUUUUGUCACACAACACAAUGCCACAGAUGUCUCAAGUUUUGAGGGAGCGUGCAAUUGGCAUGCUGACUGCAGGAAUGUCCACCAGCUCUGUUGCCAGAUAUUUGGAUGUUAAUUUCUCUACCAUAAGCCGCCUCCAAUAUCGUUUUAGAGAAUUUGGCAGUACGUCCAACCGGCCUCACAACUGCAGACCACGUGUAUGGCAUCGUGUGGGAUAGCGAUUUGCUGAUGUCAAGAGUGCUCCAUGGUGGGGUUAUGGUAUGGGCAGGCAUAAGCUACGGACAACAAACACAAUUGCAUUUUAUCAAUGGCAAUUUGAAUGCACAGAGAAAUCGUGACAAGAUCCUGAGGCCCAUUGUCGUGCCAUUCCUCCGCCGCCGCCAUGUUUCAGCAUUAUAAUGCACUUCCCAUGUCGAAAAUAUAUGUACACAAUUCCUGGAAGCUGAAAAUGUCCAAGGUCUUCGAUGGCCUGCAUACUCACCAGACAUGUCACCCAUUGAGCAUGUUUGGGAUGCUCUGGAUCGACGUAUACGACAGCGUUUUUCCAGUUCCCGCCAAUAUCCAGCAACUUCGCACAACCAUUGAAGAGGAGUGGGACAACAUUCCACAGGCCACAAUCAUCAGCCUGAUCAACUCUUUGCGAAGGAGAUGUUGCGCUGUAUGAGGCAAAUGGUGGUCACACCAGAUACUGACUGGAUUUCUGAUCCAUGCCAUUUAUAAAAAUUAAUAAAAAAUAAAGGUAUCUGUGACUGACAAAUGCAUAUCUGUAUCCCCAGUCAUGUGAAAUCCAUAGAUUAGGGCCUAAUUUAUUUAUUUCAAUUGACUGAUUUCCUUAUAUGAACUGUAACUCAGGAAAGUCUUUGAAAUUGUUGCAUGUUGCGUUUAUAUUUUUGUUCAGUAUAUAUUAUAUUGCUCCAAGCUGCUGGAGAGUGCAGUGGACCAAUUUGAAUUUGAAGAUUUUUGUUGUAGUAGCUUUGAGGUUUAGGUUUGUGAUUGUCUCUCUCUCUCUCCCUCUCUGGUUGUGCGAUAGCGUGUCCCCAGGAGGUGACUGGGACAGGACUGAAGGACCAGCAGGUGUUGGGUGUGGCAGGCUACUCCCAGCUCUUCUCCCGCAGCGUGGAAACCCUGCGCUCCAUGCUGGCUGACAAAGGGGAUGGAGCAGAACUUGUGUGGGACAAGGUGAGGACCUAAGGAUGGGACAUAGCAGAAUCAACACUACCCCACUGGAACAAAAUAUAUUGGCGUAGAUAGAAAAUAGACCUGGGAAGAUUAUGCUCUUUUGACAUUGCAUUUGAGUAACAUUUUCCUCCUGUUGCUAGGAUGACCCUCCAGCGAUGGACUUUGUGACAGCAGCCGCCAACUUGCGCAUGCAUAUCUUCAGCAUGAACAUGAAGAGCCGUUUUGACAUCAAGUGUGGGUAUUUUGGGUGAAAGAUGUCGAGCUGUUGUCAAGUUAUCUUAUUGUGACAAUUUAUUAUUGAUACAGAUUCAUACAAGUGAUUUUACUUUCUUGCUUUAAAGUUCUAAUGCAGCUGUUUUUAUCUCAAUAUCAAAUCAUUUCUGGGUAACGAUUAAGUACCUUACUGUGAUUGUUUUCAAUUAAAAUAGUCAAAAAUAAACAAAAAUAGCUUCUUAGAAAUAGCCAUUUCUCAAGCAAGAAUAUGGCUAGGACUGUCUGGAAGUGGUCUGAGUGGGCAGGGGGAAACUGAAAACGAUAUGUUAUUGGCAGAGAGGUUUGGAACUCUUUGUUAUUGGUCUGUUAACUAAUUUACCACCAGAUGAUGUCACAAGGCAGGCCAAAACUCCAUUCCUCCAAAACAGGCUGAAAUUUUAGGCAGUCUUUUCAAACAGCAAUUACACUAAAAGGCUGUUAUCAUUUUCACAAUUUCACAGUAUUCCAACCGCAUAUUGUGGAAAUAUAUGUAAAACACAGGAAAAUCACGUUUUUGACUGCACUGGGCAUUUAAAUGUUUCUACAUCUGUUACCUGUUAAGGUUUUUUGAUGUUGUAAAUUGUUCCUUGCAGCCAUGGCAGGGAACAUCAUCCCAGCGAUCGCCACAACCAAUGCAGUCAUUGCUGGCCUCAUUGUGCUGGAGGCUCUGAAGAUCCUGUCUGGAGAUGUGGAGCAGUGUCGCACGGUGAGACAUCAGGAGUGAUCCCUUCUACUCUUAGAGGGUGGUACUCUAACUUUGAUAAUCUGCCCCUAGCCUGCACACUGGGGGAAGCUUUUUGACAGUAUGAAUGGGGUACUAUUUUCAAAAUGCAGCAUAUCACUUACUUGGCCCAGCAUUUUAUUGAUUUUUUUUUUUUUGUGGGGGGGCAGCAGUUAUGUUGUAGCUCCCAUACCUGGGGUUCUUUUCAUUUUGUAUCAUUCACUGUAAUUGUUGCCAUGAUGGUUGUAAAUAAGUUAAUAGCAGAUUAUGGGUGUUUGGUGUAUGCCUACUGUGCUCUGAAACAUUUUCCAAUGUUCCUUCCUGUAUGGUCUUCCUAGAUCUUCCUGAACAAGCAGCCUAACCCCAGGAAAAAGCUGCUGGUUCCAUGUGCUUUGGACCCACCCAGUGCCAACUGUUAUGUGUGUGCCAGCAAGCCAGAGGUUACAGUCAAACUGAAUGUGCACAAAACUCUUGUGCUGGCCCUUCAAGACAAGGUAAUGCAUGCCUCUCUGCCUCCUGUAUGCGUGUGAUCAUGCUUACAAUCAGACUGAUAAAGACGGACACAAACACAGACUGAUAGACAUGGUUGGCCAGUGAUGAAUACAUUUUUGACCAGGGAGGCAGAGAAAAAGCCAGAUGGAUAUUGACUGCUUAGAGAGUUGCAUAUUGAUCUAUACAACACCAAUCUGGUUUGUAGUUUUUGUUGCAACCACCACAACACAGUGAAAAGUGAUCAGCAUAUCCAUGUGUUCAGCUAAAGAUUCUUGUUUCUUUGUUAGAUAUUAAAGGAGAAGUUUGGGAUGGUGGCGCCAGAUGUGCAGAUCGAGGAUGGGAAAGGGACAAUCCUCAUCUCUUCUGAGGAGGGGGAAACUGAA